AUGCUCACCUGUCGCUUUAUCGCUAACCUCCGUGACGCCUACCUCCAAGAGUCCACCAGUAUGGGCGAGAACGACUGCGGGUCAGCCGUCUACUUCAGCCCACCAUCUGCGCGGUUCUUCAAUUCCGUCGCGGGGCCGCUGAGCUUCGCUGGAGAAGACUCUACCGACGACGACAUCCUCUCCUUGUCUCACUCGGACCCGACGUCUAUCAGCCCAAUGUUGAACGAAGGCUCCAAUCUCAGCUUCUGGUUACCACUAUUGGAGAGCACAGAGUUUCUCGAUGGAGGAGCGAACGCCGAGAGGGUAUUGCUUUCCAGCGCAGCGCUCUUGUACUACGACUUCAUCUUAACCCUACCGGAUGAAGUGCGACUCGCUUGGCGACGACCUCGGCUCGCAACUGUGCUCUUCCUCCUUGUGCGAUAUCUCGCCCUGGCAAACAUGGCGCUCGCGGUCAUCAUCCAGACACCCGAGAACCCCGUAGCUCGACUCAUCAUCUCGGAUACAGACUGCCAGGCUCUGGUAAGAGCUGCGCUGAUAACGCACAUACUACUGAGUGCAGCUGUUUCUGCGUUUGUCGCCGCUCGUAUCAUGGCGCUGUGGUCACGAAAUUGGUAUCUCGGCACGAUUCUCUUUCUGGCAGGUCUUCUGAACUGGUCGCCCUACGUAGAGUCAGUUCUCGUUGGUUUCGAGAUGGUGUCUGCUCCAUGGCCGCUGGAGCCGUGUCUGGCAUGGACAACCCGGCAAGCACCGAUUGAACUGGUGUCGUUGUACAUCCCAGCUGCACUCUCUGCAGUCAACCUGGCAUACGAGAUCGUAUGUCUCGUGCUUACUGUCAUCAAGACCAUCGGCCUGUACCGAAGGCCGUCGGGGUUAGUGCGACAAACGCGUCUAACGGAUCUGCUACUACGCGACGGUUCCUUAUAUUUCGGAGUCAUGGCCGUUCUCGGUGUUCUGAACAUAUUAUCUGCGACGCUCCCCAACUUCACAAUCGGCUCCGCACUUGGCGAGGCGUUCAGCAGAAGUUUGGUUCCGAUGCUCACAUGCCGCUUCAUCGCCCACCUCCGGGACGCCGGCCUGCAAGUCUCUACGACGAUAGGCGAACAGGAUUCCGCGUCGACCGUGCAUUUCAGUCCGCCAUCAGCACGACUGCUCGAUUCCGUCGCAGGACCACUAGACUUGGAUGACAACGAGUACACCAGCGACGACAGUGGGGUGCGCUGA